AUGAAGAUCUGUGUGUUCCGGCUGCAGACUCAUCAGUGGUGCUUCCUCUUGUGUAAUGUCAUCUUGUUUCACGCUCUGCUCUUUGGAGGUGACAUAGUGGAAGAGUUUCUCCUGCAGUCGUCUCCUGCUGCGUACACUGACCGAUUCGUCCUUGAGGUCCGAGAACGGGCACGCAAGCUAGACCUGACUGAUCCUAGGGUCAACACCUCACAGCUCUAUCCCAUAAACACAGAGCCCUGCCUUCCUCAUCUGGACCUCCUCAUCCUCACAGUUGUCCUAAGUUCACCUGGAAAUUCAAGUCAAAGGGAGGCAGUGAGAAACUCAUGGGCCAAUCAGACAGUAGUGCAUAAUGUUGCCGUACGGACAGUUUUUUUCCUCGGCGCAUCCCCUUUGGGGGCGGAGCUUGGAGUAAUAAAAGAGGAGUCUGAACGAUAUGGUGACAUUGUGCAGUUUGAAGGAGGCAUUUCAAGAGGAGACUGGCAGGGAGGACAUUGGGACCAAGUUAAAAUGGCACUAAAAUGGAUCCUACAUUUUUGCCCGCAAGCCCGAUUUAUCAUUCUUUCUGAGGAUUCGGUGUAUUUAAACCUUCCCGCGCUUACGUCAUACUUACUAGGAUUGAGAACGCACCCAGAUGACCUUUAUCUUGGUAGGGUCAUCCAUCGGGCCGCACCUGAGAGAGACCCCGAUAAACCACAUUACCUACCCUAUCAGGUGUAUCCCGAUAAAUACCUCCCUGACUACUGCUCCGGCCCAGCGUUCCUUCUAUCUCAAGACGUGGUGAGAAAAAUUUACGUCGCAGCUGAGGAUGCGUCAUUACCCCUGCCCUCUGACAUUCUGAUUGGCCUGUGCGCAAGACGGGCAGGUGUGGUGGCCACUCACAGCGCUCGCUUUUCUGGCAACCGACACAUUCGCUAUAACCCCUGCUGUUACAACUUCCUGUUCAGCUCUGCCGGGAUGGGAGUGAGGCAAAUGGGCAUAGCCUGGCGGGAUUUAGGGGUGGGGAAGGGGAGGAGCUGUGGCAUGCUCAAGACCUAUUAUAGUUUGGUAGUGUGCAAAGCAAUGACCUACCUGGAUAAACUCUCCUUUCUGAAUAAUGAAUACAGCCAGGGAUGA